CGAAGGUGCGACAUCUUUACUUGACACGACCCCACUUGUGUGGUCAUCUGCUCUCUUCACUCUUGAGAGUUCAGUCCCCAUUACUUGCCUCGACAUAAACCCUAGCCACCACUCUCCUCCGCUUGAUUUGUUGCUGUCCUCCACGCGAAGGGCCAUGUCAGACGAGCCGACAAGGGUCUGCAGUAGCUUCUCGUCGGAUAUCAUAUCCGACAUUCUCUCGCGGUUGCCAGUCAAGGACUUAUGUCGCUUCAGGUGUGUUUCCAAGUCUUGGCUUUCGCUAAUCUUAGACCCCCAAUUUGUGAAGAUGCAUUCCAAAAAAACCAUUGAAAAUGAGGAUCUGAUGUACCAGAGAAGAAAACUCUUAUUUACUGAUGACAAAUACGAUUCACUUUACUCUUUCAACCUUGAUCAGUUUCUGGAUCAUUACAAGGAUCAUCCCUUUCUGAACGGUACUGUUAACUGUAGUGGUGAUGAUGAUGCUAUAGGUGAUGAUUAUGAUGGUGAUCUAGUUGUUACUAGAAUCAAACUGCCUGGUUGUUUCGGGGAUGCUGAAUAUUGGCGGGUUGUGUCUUACUGUUGUGGCCUAGUGUUGCUGUUAGAUCAGUUGACAGAGGAGUUUGUUGUGGCUAACCCAGCAACUAGGAAAUAUAAGAAAUUGCCAUCUGUGUCUGCACAGUUUGGUGGUAAAACCCUCAUGUGUGACGAUGGGUUCUGUUAUGAUCAAUCUGCUGAUGAUUUCAAAGUGGUUAAUUGGACGUCCUCGGAUGAUGGAAUGGAUGUAUUUGUCUUUGCAUUGAAAACUGGUUCUUGGACUAGAAUGAUGCGAUUACCCUUCAGAACUGGUGGUUUUAAAAGCACUGGGAUCCUGCUUAAUGGAUCACUUCAUUGGGUGAUGAAAAGACUGGAUGAUAACACACGGGUGAUUGUGUCUCUCAAUGUAGCGGAAGCAGUGGUUCGGGAAAUUCCACUGCCGCCUGAUUUUGAUGUAGGACAAAGGGAUUUACUGAAAUUAGUACUGUUCUUCAAUGACAGCCUUGGUUUCACUACUUUAUAUGGUACUGGAACGGUAGAUGAGAUCAAUCUAACAAUACAUAGUGAAUUUUGGGUUAUGAAGGAAUACGGGGUGGCAGAGUCUUUGACUAAAAUAGAAUUCUCCUCGGACUUGGAAUGUUUUAUCUUGCCUUUCGGUUACUGGAAAGAAAAUCAUGCUCUCUUCUGCUCCCAGGAAGGUGAGCAGUUGGUAAUGUACAAUUCUAAUGAUUUGAGCGGUCAUGGUCUAUCAAUUCCUGGAUAUCCAACCAUUACUGGGGCUGGUUUCUACGUUGAAAGCCUUGUAUCACUGGAUGAUAAUCGUGAUUUUAAUUAGCAUUUCCAGCUUGAGAGGAAUCUUAGCUGAAAACUGGAGGAGGUGCACUUUCGCAUAUCAGAUGCUGAGUUUUGUGACACCUGAUCAGAGUUUAUGUUUGGUGUAGCUUUGAGGAAUGCUAGUUUCUGUAGAAGAAUGAUGAACAUGAAAUUGACAUUUGAAUGCUCUGGUCUUUGAAACAUGACAUUUUUAUCUCAUGUGACUCGUGUCUUUGGGGGUUGUCUUGUGUACUAUAUUGCACUAUUUAUGUGUGCUCUACUGCACAGAAUGGGAUAGCUAUUUUCGAUCUGAUUCCCUUUGAAGUAUGUAAUUGUAGUUGGCCAAAAAAAAAACCUUAUAUUCUAAGACCAAGUAAUGCAGGACUUUUAAUUUCU